GCAGUAAUAUGUAAACCUGCUGGACAAGUUUCGCUCCACCGUCGUUUUCCACGGUGAAACGGUUCAGUUCCAUCUCUCACCGUUCAUUACGCAUGUGAAAAAGCUAUCACGGUUUACGUUUUCAGUGCUGCAGCUUCAGUUGUAGUAACAGAAAGCACAGCUGUCCGACACGCAGUUGUGAUACUACUCGGAUUAUUGUUACAAAAUUAACACUUUAACAGACGAAAAACACCAGUAAACCAGUGGAGAACACAUUGUGCACAGCAGUAAAGUGUGGUUUUUCCCUCGAUUUCGUUGCGUGUCCCGUACCGAUUUAGUGCGCGCGAAUCAGGGGAGGGUUUGGAAUUUUUUCACAAGUGUCCUUGAUUUCUGGAGUGGCGGAAUGAAAUACGGACAGCUUCACCUUUUGGGCGUAUGAAAAGCUGGCGCUAGCGGGCGAUAUGUUGUACCUUGCUACGGGUUAACAAAAAAAAACGAUCAUCGAAGAAAACGAUGCAUUUGGCAAUAUUUUCUCGUCACAUUAAACCAGAAAUAUCAACAUAUUGAGUUGAUGUAGGAUACAAAACGGAUCUGCGGAGCAGCUGGUUGAGAGCGGUGUGAUGUGUGCAGUGCACGAGGAAAAGCAAAAAGCAGUGCAAGGGUGGUUGAUCUGAUUUUUGGGAAAUUAAAAAAAAAAGCACAUAUACACCCACACACAUAAACAUCUGGUGAAGGUGAAGUUCACGGGAAGAGAGGUUGGUGAGAAGCUAUAGUAAAUAACCCUGGGUGUUUGCAAUGUGCAUGCGUGAGUGCGUGCAUUAGGUUUUUUAUCGUGCAAAGAAAAGUGGCCGCAAACACACCUCAUCAUAUGGUGACAUUGGUUAAGCGUUUAAACGUUGCAAGCAGUGUCCAGUGUACGAUGGCGGGCCGGAUUCGACAGUGAGGAUAAAACAGACCGAAUAGUUGCGGAAGUAACAAUUACAUCUGUUGUACCGUUUCCAUACGGUUGUGCAAACGUUGGCCAAUUAACGGGAUCGUACUCUGUCUGUCUGUUUUCCCCCGUUCGGCAAUUUACCUCCUUGAUGGUCAACCCUCUCUAGCAGGGGUAACGGAAAGUGCAGCACAACAACAACCACUGGUCGGAAAAUGUUCCCCGAAAUAAAUCCCCCAAGGAAAAUGUCGUUCCAAGCAGAUCCGGUCGAUUUUAAAGAAAAGCUCAUAGCGGCAGUGAAGAAAGAGGUGAAACAGGUGAUGGAGGAAGCCGUCACCAAGAAGUACAUACACGAAGAGUCUUGCUCGGUAACGGCCCUAUGUGCAGCUGUCGAGGCGUGCCUAAGCCAGGGUCUGCGAAGGCGGGCUCUUGGCCUGUUCAAGACGUCAUCCACCACCGCGCUACUGCACAAGGUGGCCAAGCAUUGUCCCGAAGCUGCCUGUAUCAGUAAGAAGGUGCAGGAUAUUGAAAAUAGUGAUCCAAAUAAAAGAUCUUCAUCAAGCAGCGACAGUACCAACAAACCACCGAUACUAAAGAAAGGCAGCAGUAACUCUGUUUCGACAACGACACCACCACAGUCAUCGCCAGUUGUAAAAUAUCUCUGGAUACGGUUGGCACUGUACGAGAAGAAACUGUCCCGUAUCAUCGAUCAUCUAGUGACGAACGCAACGCGGUACUACGAGCGCGACUCACUAGUUGCUGAUCCAGACUACGGUUCCAUACUGAGCUCUCUGCUCGUGGGGCCGUGCGCACUGGAUUACUCUCGUGCCAAAACUGCGGAUCAUUUUUGGACCGAUCCUCCAGCGGACGAAUUGGUUCAGCGUCAUAGAAUCAGCUCGAGUAAUCCUACGCCACCAGCAUACCGAAGACCAAUGUUGAACUUCAAGCGUAGCCUCCACACUAGCUCGGAGGAGGGCAGUAUGGCGUCGUUCAAGUCAAACAGUUUGGCAUCAGCAUCGAAGGACUACGUGGAAUCACUCCACCAAAACUCGCGAGCCACAUUACUGUACGGGAAGAACAAUGUUCUCGUCCUGCCGAAAGACGUCAGUGAACCGAUGCCAGGGUAUCUCAGUCUGCAUCAGACAGUACAAUCGCUCACGAUCAAAUGGACACCGAAUCAGCUGAUGAACGGUUACACCGAGUCGGAGAAUAUCGACAAGAGCUCGUACUGGGCAUACGCGUUGAACGUGAAUGUUGACGAGAUCGUGUACGUACAUUGCCAUCAGGCGCGUGGUGGCGAUACCGGUGGUACCAUCAUCCUCGUCGGACAGGAUGGUGUCCAGCGUCCUCCAAUACACUUCCCAGAGGGUGGUCAUAUGGCGGCAUUUUUGAGCUGUCUGGAAACAGGUCUUCUGCCACAUGGUCAACUGGAUCCUCCGCUAUGGUCACAGCGAGGUAUUGGACGUAUCUUUCCCUGGCCUCAGAAAUCACGCCGCCGACCGUUGCCAUCUUUGCUGGAGACGAACGAUGAGAUGCCAAUCGAUUAUGUGUUUCGAGUGGUCAACAAGGGUAAUACCGAUGAGUUUUUGGCAACUCAUUCGAUAUUGGAACUAGGACGCACUAGCCCACGCUAUCGAGCCCAACUGAGCAGUUGCUCCACCAACGAAAGUAGUGACUGUUCCAGUAAAAGUCUCUCGAUCGAUGCCAUGUCCAUCGACAGUCCUAAUCCACAAUCAAACCAAUCGACCAGCAUUGCCCUUGUCUGCUCCACAAUGAAACGGCAAAUAAUUUCUCGAGCAUUCUACGGCUGGCUAGCGUACUGCCGUCACCUUUCCACCGUGAGGACACAUCUAUCAGGUCUGGUGAACGGGCGCAUCACACCAGAAGCUGGUGCCGAGGAGGGUCUUACACGAUCACGCUGGGAAAGCUUGCACGAUGGAAACGGUGUCGUGGCGGACGAUCAGGAAGUCUACCGGUUAGUGUACUACGGUGGCGUUGAGCACGACAUUCGCAAGGAAGUUUGGCCGUAUCUGCUCGGUCACUACACCUUCGGCAGCACACCGGUCGAGCGGGCAGAGUUGGACGAAACUGCGAAGCACUACUACGAAACGACCAUGAGCGAAUGGUUGGCAGUGGAAGCGAUCGUGCGCCAACGGGACAAGGAAAAGACAGCCGUUGCGGUAGCUAAGCUGAGCUCGGGUAGCGGUAGCAUGGAAAACAAAAGCAAAACCAUCGAUCAAGAUGCCGAUGGUGAGGAUGAGGAGGAAGAGAUGGAGAACGAAGUUUUCGAGGAGAAUGGGUUCUCCGACAUGUCUGAACCGGAAGUCGAAGGUGAGGAGAAAUCGGACGCAAAGCCGAAGCUUACCAAGGACAACAUCACCCUGCCGGUGAUUGCGCAGGACGCUACCAUGGACACCGAGAAUGGGGAAGAAGACAUUAAUGCUGACCAUUCCGAGCAGAAUCAAGAGCAAGACUUUGACAGCAACAAGAGCUCACCUUCCGACUCCUCCUACGCUACGGUCGGUAAUGAUUUCAUCGAUGUGGCCGACAUCAUCUCCCCGAUGGGUGAAGGCGCAAAGUCUCUCGGUGCGGAAGUGGAGCGCAUGCAGGAGGAUGAAGAUGAGGAAGUGGUGACUUCCGAUGGUGCGAUCGAGGCGGAAGAAGAGGAAGAGGAACCGGAGUCGCCCAAGUCUCCCGAGCAGCCACGUGCUGUCAUUGUUACCGAUGCGUCCAUCGAUGUCACUAUGCUGCCAACAGAGGUUAGAGAGCUGAACAACAACAACACACUAACGACACUGCCGGAAGAGGGAAGCAAUCAUCAGCCGGCACUAGACUCGUUGCAAGAACCCAAAUCAACCUGCGUGUCGCCUGCCAGCUCAAAUGGAGGCAUUUAUAGUAGUGAACUGCUGGAGUCGUUCGGUUUAAAUCUUCACCGCAUAGAAAAGGAUGUUCAACGGUGCGAUCGCAACUAUUGGUACUUUGCGAAUGAAAAUUUGGACAAGCUGCGUAACGUUAUUUGCACGUAUGUUUGGGAACAUUUGGAUGUGGGAUACAUGCAAGGCAUGUGUGAUCUCGUUGCGCCACUGCUCGUCAUCUUCGACGACGAAUCCCUUAGCUAUGGUUGCUUUUGUCGGUUCAUGGAGCGCAUGAUUGAAAACUUCCCUAACGGUGGUGCAAUGGAUAUGCAUUUUGCUAAUAUGAGAUCAUUGAUACAAAUCUUAGACUCCGAGAUGUACGAUCUGAUGCAUGCGCACGGUGACUAUACCCAUUUCUACUUUUGCUAUCGUUGGUUCUUGCUCGACUUUAAGCGCGAGCUCAUCUAUGCCGACAUCUUCUCUGUAUGGGAGGUGAUCUGGGCGGCCAAGCAUGUCGCUUCCGCUCAUUUUGUACUGUUUCUAGCGCUGGCCCUGCUAGAAACCUACCGUGACAUAAUACUGUCCAACAGUAUGGAUUUUACGGACAUUAUUAAAUUUUUCAACGAAAUGGCUGAAAGGCACAACACACCAUCGGUUUUGAAACUGGCCCGCAGUUUAGUGCUACAACUUCAAACUAUAAUUGAAAAUAAGUAAGAAACGAAAAAGAGAACACUAGAACAUUGAAUAGGAGAUACCUGUAUGGUAUAAACAGUUAAAAACAAAAAGCGCCAUUCGCACCUACAAAACUAAACGCAUUCAGUAUACAAGGCAAAACAACUUACAUUGUACAACAAUGAAGGAAAAAAUAGGAAAACGAUGAUUAUAUUUAAUGAGCGAAAGCAAAUCCUAUUACACCGGUAUGAUGGAGCAAAUAUGCCAUACAAUUACUUUAGCAACAUUACAAUCCCCAUCUUUAGCUACCUUACUGUGGAUGGCAUUAGACUUUCAAAGGUGUUUAGGUGGUCUAUCUGUCUAUAAUGUCACUGUUACCUUUUUGGGCAGUUUGUUUGUACUUUUGAGGUUAACCGUUUAAAGCACGGACCGACGCGGUAUGUCGACGGUUUCCGAUCGUAAUGGAGCGCCUCCUAGUGCCGGCUGUACAUCUGUGUAUCCUGUCGGGUUACGUACGUAACAUGUGUCUUUCAGUUCGAUUGCUUUACGUUACGUCGUUGUUGUCGCUGUUGUUGUGAUUCUACUAGAAGAUUUUUUGUUAUCUAACUGUGCUGCACUGUGUACUAAGUGAAAUUGUAAGACUAUUGCCUCGUUUGUCAGUACAAACGUAUAUAUUAGGCACAUCUGGUAGGUGCUUUGAUCGCGUCUCGAAAUGCGAUGUAGAAUUGUAAACCGUAGUAAUAUCCCACCAUCCUAACACUUCCACCAUUUAAAAGAAAAAAAAGAACAUCCAGUUUCCGUUAGAUAAUCAUGCACGUGAAUCCGACCUUGCUGCACAUUUGAUUGAUGCAUCACAAAAGUGAAAGUUUUCCGUUAAAGAAGCACAAAAUAAACCCCCGUUCAGUCGCGUAGUGUUUCAUUUCCGAUUAGUGUCGAUGUCUAAAUAGUAAAAAGAAAACAAAACUAUUUGAAAAAAAAACAAAAUAAAUAAACUACAAAAUGAAACUGGUAAAUUGAAACAUACAACUAAAACCAAAACCCAUUACAAUAUCCAAUGCAAUUGAAUCUUAUGAUGAAUCGUACUAAAAAGCAGACAAACAAAACAAAAGACAAAACAAAAUAACAUAGAUUUAGACUUGUAAGUGGAACUGUUAGUAAUGGUAAAGUUCUAUUCUAUUUAACAAUGUUUUAAGCAUCAUUCUUUUUCCUUUCUACAAUUUAGUGAAACUCAAUGUCUAGGAGGGUAUAUUUAAUCAUGAACCCCGUACAAAAUCCUUUAAAGCUAUGUUUUUUGUUAGAAGAGUGUUUAUCAUUCUAGUAAUUCUUUUUUAUGUUACAACUCCAACAUUAUCAAACAAACACAUCAAAUUAAUCAAUCGACGAGGUAGCUUCCAUUUCACCAGAAACAACAGGAAUAGGAAUGAUGUAUCCUUCUAAAACACUGCAAUUCGUUGACGUCUGAUCAACAAAGUUGUAGUAAAACAUUCCCAAUAGAAAAACACACAAAUCACAAACAUACUCCUAGAUGAGUUACAAUUAUACAAUAGAUGCAAAGCCAUAUAUAAUCGCAUAACAACUAAAACUGGAAUGAAACUAUCCACGAUAGUAUCCCGAAGGGGAACGAAAGACGAAUCAACAGACAGAGGUGGUAGAGAACGGCAGCGGCCAAAUGGGAAAGGUAUAGAGCUCGGCGAGAGUAGACGAAAGUCGCCACAUAGUUGCAAAGCAUUUUAAAUUGCACUGCAACGUUUGGAGUUUAUUAAGAGCCAGAGAGCUGUCGUAUUGGGCAGAGAAGGAUAAGAUGGAUGCAUACCGCUGCAGAGCAGCUGGUUGUGCGAAUAUUUUUGUGUAGUCAAUGUUGAUACAAGAAACUGUUUUUCAUAUAAACACAUUCUGUUGCAGAAUGAAAUACAAAACUAUUACGGCAGGAUAUGAGCGCAUUAAGGAUCAGGUCCUUGAUUACGGAUUAAGGUAUUCUUUUAUUUUGAUGUAAAGAAACUACAGCAAAUGCGGUUAUCAGCAGACCGUGUUUACAGGAACACUAUUGAAUAAAGGUAUUAUAUCGUAACAAUACAACAUCAAACAUAA